CUGUGGUGAAUCUGGGAACCGGGGGGAAUUUCCAGUGGGGAAGGAACUCCACUCUUUCUUCUCGGUGUCACCUGGAGGUUUCAGCUUUGUCGAGGCAGGACUGGAUGAAAUAUUUGGGCUCUCCACGCGUGAUGGUGUCCCGAAGCUGAGCCCGGUCUGCUCGUGGGUCUGCGGGUUCUGCGUGGGGAGGAAAUAAUGACGGACAAGACUGAACUGAAGUGAAGCGGAACGAGCCCCAACUGUCACGCUUCAAACUGACUUCCACCUGAGCGAGCUGACCAGACAAGAUGGCUGCUGACGAGAACUACAUGCACGCCUCUAGCCAGAUGUUCGACACCAUGAUGGACCCGUCCUUCCUGGAGUAUUCCCACUUCGUCCCGAUGCCUCAGAUGACGGCUCUGCAGUCAGUGGACGGACCGUUCCUGCAGAUCCUGGAGCAGCCCAAACAGCGCGGCUUCAGGUUCCGCUACGGCUGUGAAGGUCCGUCGCACGGCGGCCUGCCCGGAGCCUCCAGCGAGAAGAACAGGAAGACGUACCCGACGGUGAAGAUCUGUAACUAUCAGGGUCAGGCCCGGGUCGUGGUCCAGCUGGUGACGGCGCUGACCCAGCUGCCGCAGCUUCACGCUCACAGCCUGGUGGGGAAGCAGUGCGAUAAAGGGAUCUGCAUCGCUGACCUGCAGUCCAAAGACUCCACCAUCAGUUUUCCCAACCUGGGGAUCCUCCAUGUGACCAAGAAGAACGUGGCGAAGACGCUGGAGGAGCGGAUGGUGGAGGCCUUCAGGAUGGGCUACAACUGCGGCGUCGCCAUCCACCCGGAGAUCGACGCGCUGCAGGGGGAGGUCCGGGUCCCGCGGGAGCUCAGCGACCACCAGCGCAGCAUGAUCAUCAGCGCCGCAGCUGCUCAGGCCAAAGAGAUGGACCUGAGCGUGGUGCGCCUCAUGUUCACCGCCUUCCUUCCCGACAGCGACGGCGGCUUCUCCAGACGCCUGGAGCCCGUGGUGUCCGAGCCCAUCUACGACAGCAAGGCUCCAAACGCCUCAAACCUGAAGAUCGUCAGGAUGGACCGGACCGCCGGCUGCGUGACGGGGGGAGAGGAGGUCUACCUGCUCUGUGACAAGGUCCAGAAAGAUGACAUCCAGGUGCGGUUCUACGAGGAGGACGACUCGGGCCUGACCUGGGAGGCUCUGGGCGAUUUCUCCCCCACAGACGUCCACAGACAGUUUGCCAUCGUCUUCAAGACCCCGAAGUAUCGAGACCAAAACCUGCAGAAGCCGACGUCCGUCUUCGUCCAGCUAAAGAGGAAAUCCGACAACGAGACCAGCGAGCCCAAACCGUUCACCUACCAUCCACAGAUCAUAGAUAAAGAGGAGGUUCAGAGGAAGAGGCAGAAGACAUUGCCGAACUUCCAGGACUUCAGCGGACAUGGAGGAGGAGGAGGAGGCGGGGGGCUGUACCGAGGUGGAGGAGGUGGAGGAGGUCCGGCUUCAGGAGUAGGAGGUCCAGGCUCAGCAGGAGGAGGAUACUACCAGGGUUUCUCCUCCUACAGCUACGGAGGAGCAGGAGGAGGAUUCUCCUCAGCGUAUUCAGCUGGUCUUGGAGGAGGCGGCGGCACAAAGCAUGCUUUGCAGAGUGAAGCUGCAGACGACAGCGGCGACGACAGCGACCCAGACAACGACCCGGCGUCUGGCGCUGUGCUACGAGGCUCUGCCCAGUCCGACGGCUCCGAUGUGGAUCCAGAUGAGGCGCUGAUGGAGACGACCUGCAGGCAACUCGACGCUCUCUUCCGAUACUCCGUCACCGGAGACUCGGCGUACCUGCUGGCUCCACAGCGCCCCCUGAUGGCGCACAGGACGACGACGGAGACACUGGGCUGCAUCUGGCGGUGCUGCACAGCCAGCAGGAGGCUGACGAGUCUGACCCAGGUGGUGUCGACUCUGACGGGAGAGGAGCUGCUCAACAUGAGGAACCACCUGUACCAGACUCCUCUUCACCUGGCGGUCAUCACUCGGCAGAAGCAGGCGGCCGAAGUGCUGCUGCUGGCUGGUGCUGACCCGACUCUGACAGAUCGCCACGGCAACACGGUUCUUCACCUGGCAGCGCAGCAGGAAGGAGACGGGAUGGUGGAGCUUUUACUGCGACGCAGAGAGAUGAGAGAGUUGCUGCAGUUCAGCAACACAGCAGGUCUGUGUGCCAUCCACCUGGCGGUUCUGGCCAAUCGGCUGACGGCGCUCAGGGAGCUGCUGGUGGGCGGGGCCGACGUGGAGGCUCAGGAGCGCAGCGGCGGACGCACCGCGCUGCACCUCGCCACGGAGACCGACAACGUGUCGCUGGCCGGCUGCCUGCUGCUGGAGGGAAACGCCAAGGUGGACAGCUGCACCUUCAACGGCUCCACCCCCCUGCACGUGGCCGCGGGGCGGGGCUCCGUCAAGCUGACGGCUCUGCUGAUGGCUGCAGGUGCCGACCCGCACAGGGAGAACUUUGAGCCGAUCUUCAUCAGGGACGAGGAAGAGGAGGACGAGGAGGAGGACGAGGAUGAUGAAGGCUACAUCUCAGGAACCACUCCAGUCAACAUGGCCGCCUGCCCUGAGGUUCUGGAUCUUCUAAACGGUCAGGAGUACGAGCCCAGGAGCCAGCGAGCCUUCGUCCCGCCACAGGGCGACCUCUCAGUUCUGGACGUGCAGGUGAAGCGGGCCGUGUGUGGCGCACUGGAGGCUGAAGGAUGCUGGGAGAACCUGGCUCACCAUCUGGGCCUCGGCAUCCUGAACACGGCGUUCCGGCUGAGUCCAAACCCGGCCAGAACCCUGCUGGAGAGCUACGAGGUUUCUGGUGGAACCGUUUCAGACCUGCUGGCGGCUCUCCGGUCGGCAGGCGGCUGCAGAGCGCUGAGCAUCCUGGAGGGGGCGCUGCGCCAGAACCCAGACACGGCAGAGGAGGUCCAGAACCCUCUGGUCCAGAACCUGAAGCGGACCUUGGGAACGACAGCGGCGUCUGCGACAGCGGGGUGGAGCUCUCCACGGUGUAGCGCUCUGAUUGGCCAGCAUCCUCAUCCUCCUCUUCAUCACUCAAAGAUUCUAUUCUAUUUUAAAGAACUGCUGACACAACUGGACCGGGCCGGGUUGGACCGGACCGGACCGCUGAACUCUGAUCUCUACUGACAGGAAAGAAAAGCUGCUUCCUGUUUCUUUCCAGAACCGACGGUGCUACAAACCCUGACCGGGUCCGAACGGGUCGGAACCUCCUUGCUCCAGUCAGAUCAGAACCACAUGAUCAGCAGGGAGAGUUACAGCAUCCGGAAGCUCAUUAGAACAUUCUGGACCCAGUUCUGCUGGUCCAGAUUCAAACGCAGAACCAGGACAACGGAACCAGAACCAGAGGGGAUUAUUCUGCUGGUUUCCAUCUGAAGCCAGAUUUAAUCUCAGAUGUCGUUAAUCUGACCCGUCGGUCUGAAACCUGGAUUAACAGUAAAACCAGCCAAUUAAUUCACUUACAAUAACUGACGCAGGUUUUUAGUGUAAAUUUCCACUAAAAGUAUCAGGAAUGUUUUAUUUUCCUACAAAAAAAAAAAAAGUGCUCAAUUUUCUUUAUUUUAAAUCCUAAAAAUAGAAAUAAAAUAUUUUAAAUUUUUAAACGUCCUUUAAAAAUUAUAAGAUUAUAAUUUUUUUUACAGUUGUAUCAUUUGUGGCUUGAGCUAAAACAUCAUCAUCAUCAUCACACAGAUGUUCUUCAUCAUCAGAACCAGAACCAGCUGUUCUGGACCUGCGGACCGGUUUCAUGUUUUCUGACUCCAGAAUGUUCUGCUGAGCUUCUCUGCAGCCGGAACGUUCCUCCCCGGACCGGGUACAGAACCGGAUCCCGGACCGGGUCAGGGACCCUCAAGACCUUCUUCUCCUCUUUGCAUGUUUUAGGAUUCAUUUCUGAACAGAUUCAGUUCUUUUUCAUGAACUGAACUUCCGGUUUCUUCCUGGAUAAAGAAAACCACAGGGGAUUGUGGGAAGUGUAGUCCAGGUGUUAGCGUCCCUGUUUCCGCAUAUUUAUGUCCUGCCUGCGCUGUACAGUUCAUCAUCAGUAACUGGUUGUUCAUUUUUCUAAAUAAAGGUUUUUUUAUAUUUUGA